AUGUCACAGAAAACGUGCUUCGUCACUGUCGGCGCCACCGCCUCCUUCACCGCCCUCAUCCGCGCCGUCCUCGAAGCCGACUUCCUGACCGCACUCCAAAACAACGGGUACACCGAACUCCUCGUCCAAUACGGAGAAGGUGGGAAACAACUCUUCGAUACACACUCCAAGACAGCCAUCAACGCCGCCAAAGACGAAGGUAACGAGAUCAAGAUCUCAGGCUUCGAUCUGGAUAAGGCGGGUUUGGGCCGAUAUAUGAGACAAGCCAAGGGCGCGAAUCUGGGGGCAGGCGAGGGGGUGGUGAUCUCGCAUGCUGGCUCCGGCACAAUCCUAGACGCCCUCCGCAUCUCCGUCCCCCUCAUCGUCGUCCCCAACGCCGACCUUCUCGACAACCACCAAGUCGAGCUCGCCGAAGUGCUGGCGGAGCAGGACUACGUCGUUUACGGGAAACUGGAGAGCUUGGACAAGGCAUUGGGAGAGGCGGAGGUGUGGAGGAAGAAGCAGAGGCAGUGGCCGCCGACGAACAGUGGCGUGCAUCGGCAUGCGAAUGGCUUGAAGGGGGUUAUGGAUGAGGAGAUGGGGUUUUUGGAUUAA